UCAGCCCUUCGCGUUUCGGGUCAGAGUUCCCCAGCGAGGAACGUUACCCCACGAGCUCGUCUGACCGCCGUUAGUGGAGGCUUAGAGGUGGGGAGGGUUGCGCUGGGCGCAUGGCGUUGCCAGGUGGAAAUAAGGAUAAUAUCAGGGCAGGGUGCAAGAAAUGUGGCUAUCCGGGUCAUCUGACAUUUGAGUGCCGAAACUUUCUCCGUGUAGAUCCCAAAAGAGACAUUGUUUUAGAUGUGAGUAGCACAAGCAGUGAAGAGAGUGAGGAAGAGGAGCUGGGAAAACUUGAUGUCGUUCCAGAAAAGCAGGGUAUUCCUGAUGAUGAAGAAAAGAAAAAAAUCCAAAAGAAAAGCAAGGAAAAAUCAAAAUUAAAGAAAUCAAGAAAAAGAUCUCAUUCUUCAAGCAUCACAGAAGAUGAUGAACCUAAAUCAAAAAAGCAGAAAUCCCAUAAAAAAGAAAAGAAGAAAGUGAAAAAGAAUAAAUCUAAGAAAAGAAAACAUCAUCACAAAAAGGGAGGAAAAAAACACAAAAGAGGAAAAGAUUCUUCAUCUUCUGAUAGUUCAGAUUCUUCUAGCAAUGACUGAAAAAUAAGACUUAGGUUGAUUUAUGUCAAUCCUAGUUCAAAUAAUGCCGCAAGAUAUAUAUACUCCUUAAUAAUUUAUUUUAAAAAUCUCUUUGUAUCAAACUUUUUUUUUUGUGGGGCGGAAGGAAUUAAGGUUUUCAUUCUCCUUUGUGGGUUUCAAUCUUUAUUUGUACUUCCUGAUUUAAAACCGUUUGAGAGAUUAAAAUUUUAGAAGUUGUUGCUUCUAAAAUUUUAAUCUCUCAACAAUUACAAAUUAUUCAUGAACAAAAGCCAGUAAUUUUAGUUGUACAGUCCCAUGGUUUUUUUUAACACUUCUGAUAAUCAUUGGGUACCUGCAAAGAGACUGCCGUUCCACAGAUUCCAGAUCCCAUUUAUUUCCAUUAUAGUCCCAAAAUGAGAAGAAAAAAACCUGCCCAAUUCUAUAGCAGGCAUUUAUGUCCCUUAACUGGGAACAUAAGAAGUUCCACUUGCAUCAGCAUCCGUUCCAGUAGAAAACUAGCAGAGCAUGAAACCAGUAAUUUUCCCUCUUUAAAUUCUCUUUUUUUUUUCUGCCCCAUGGAAAUGUUUUGUCAUUGUGUUCUGUUAUUAAGAUACCGUAUUUUUUGGAGUAUAAGACGCUCCGGACUAUAAGAUGUACCUACCUUUUUUGGUGAGGAAAACAAGAAAAAGAAAUCUGCCUCUGCCUCCCAGCAAUUUUGCCUCGUAGCAAACAGCAAAUAGCCUGCUUUACUUUCAUUUUUGUUUUCAGCAUAGCUUGAUUCGCACAAGGGAAAAAAAAUCUGUUCCCAGCAAUUUACCUCCUUGCAGCAAGCACCAGAGGCCUGCGCAAAACAGCUGAGAGCCGGGAGGCUGAUCCAAUCAACUUGUGCUAACUAGGCUGUGCUGAAGCUGAAAGGAGCUGUUUCUUCUUGCUGCUAGGAGGUAAACUGCUGGGAGGCAGAGGCCAGAGGGUGGGCAGGACUACAUUUGGUGUAUAAGACGCACCUAAAUUUUCACCCCCUUUUAGGGGGGGAAAGGUGCGUCUUAUACUCUGAAAACUAUGGUACAUGUACUUUUAUACGUUUAGUAAAACUAGAAGGGAGUAUGUAUCUUAGAAAAUUUUGAAACAUACAAUCAUUGCUACUUAUAGCUGAUGAUUCUAGAACUAAUUAAAGGAGUAAUUAGUUCUAGAAUCAUCAGCUAUAACUAGCAAUGAUUGUAUAGUGUACGGCAUGGAAUGGAAAGAAGUGAAGAUGUUGAAAGGCUGUUGUAGCAUAUUAUAAGUUUACGUGGUAGAAGCAUCUCUGAAUCAAGACAUAAGCCUGUGUGUGGGGGUAAAUAUUGGGAAUUAAAUGAGCAAAGUGGACAUAGAUUUUUAAGCACCAAGUGUUUUUUUUCUAGUAAAAAAUCCUGUUUUUUAACCACUUGAACUAAAGAUGAAAACUAUUUUUAUGCUGCUUUUUUAUUUCCCUGUUGUUUCUUGCCAUUUAUUUGUAUAUAUGAAAAAUUAGUAUAUACUUUUUUGGGGGGGACCAAAGAAGUAAACAUGAUUGAAUUUAUAAGCUAAAUGAUUGCUUUAUUGUGUUUAGUUUGCUGAAAAAUUAAAAAAGGUCAUUCUUUUA